AUGGCAACCCUGGGAGGGAGCGACGGGGACUCUGCCUCCGUGGCGGGGACCCCCGCGGAGCCCAGCGCUGCUGGUGCCUCCUCGUCCCAGCAAGUGACAGAGCUGUGGAGCUCUGCUGCCUCUGGGCUGGCUAAGCUUGGAAGGCGUGCCAGAGUGGCCCAGGCACAAGUGCAGAACAGUGUUGGAGAUGAUUCAAAGCAGAAGCGACCCUCCUUUGCUCUCCUACUCCCUCAGGCCCAGAUCGCUUUUCUUCAAGGUGAAAGGAAAGGACAAGAAAAUCUGAAGAAGGAUCUGGUGCGAAGAAUCAAAAUGCUGGAAUAUGCACUUAAACAGGAAAGGGCUAAAUAUCACAAAUUAAAAUAUGGUACAGAAUUGAAUCAGGGAGAUAUGAAACCACCAAACUAUGAUUCUGAUGAAGGGAAUGAGACAGAAAUUCAGCCACAACAGAACAGUCAGCUAAUAUGGAAACAAGGACGACAGCUGCUAAGACAGUAUCUGCAAGAAGUGGGCUACACUGACACGAUAUUGGAUGUGAAGUCAAAACGAGUACAAGCUUUACUGGGCCUCCCAAGAGAUGCUUCAGAGAAGGAAAACAGAAAUCAAGAGCCGAUGGUAAAUGGCACAGAGGGGCAGGUCAAAGAAAACGCCAUGAUCGGGAAACCUGAAUUGACUGACUCUGCCUCUCUGCUAGAGACCUUCAAGUUUCUUGAAAAUGCAGCUGCAGACUUCAGUGAUGAAGAAGAUGAAGAAGAUAUUGAAGGAAGAGAGAAAACUAUCAUUGAUACUGCAACAAUUGUGAGGAAAAGGGUGCUAUCUGACAGCAGUGAAGACAGAGAUACAGAAGAAGCUUUGAAAGAGUUUGACUUUUUGGUUACCUCAGAUGAAGGUGAUGGGGAUUCGAGAAGUUCAGGCGAUGGAACAGAUUGGGAAAAGGAAGACCAGUGUCUCAUGCCUGAAGCUUGGAAUGUCGACCAGGGAGUAAUAACCAAACUCAAGGAACAAUACAAAAAGGAGCGCAAGGGGAAAAAGGGGGUGAAGAGAAAAACUACCGAAGAUAUGUUUCAGCCUCAAUCCUAUAUAAAACAGUCAAAACAGGGAUGUGGGAAAAUGAUGGAGCAAAGCACAGGGCCCAACAGGUCAAAGCUACAAGAUAUGCUUGCAAACUUGAGAGAUGUUGAUGAUCUGCCUUCAUUACAGCCAUCUGUUGCACCUUCUUCUAGGCCAAGUAGCUCAAGGCUCAUUGAACACGAGAUAAACAGGACAGAUGAAG